GGCGGCGGCUGCGGCGCGCGGGGAUGGGGCGAUGGCGCGGGCGAGCGGCGGGGCCCCGCGGGAGCUGUCCCUGGAGGAGGUGCUGAAGUGCUACGAGCAGCCGCUGAACGAGGAGCAGGCCUGGGCCCUCUGCUUCCAGGGCUGCCGCGCCGCCGCCGCCGCCGCCCCCGCCGCCCCCGCCGCCCCGCUCCGCACCGCCGACAUCCGCCUCCGCGGCGACGGCAGCGUCGUCCUGCCCGCCCCGCCGCCCGACCUGGCCCCACUGCUGACGCCCUCGGCCGAAGCCCAGAUGGUGCAGUCAUUGGGCUUCGCCAUCUACCGGGCGCUGGACUGGGGGCUGGACGAGAACGAGGAGCGGGAGCUGAGCCCGCGGCUGGAGCAGCUCAUCGACCUGAUGACCAACAGCGACUCGGAGGACAGCGGCUGCGGCACAGCCGACGAGGGCUAUGGGGGGCAGGAGGAGGAGGAGGAGGGGGGUGAGGGGCCGCCGCGUGCCGUGCGCACCUUUGGGCAGGCCAUGAGGUGCUGUGCCGCCCGCCUGGCCGACCCCGCCGAGGCCCAGGCGCACUACCAGGCCGUCUGCCGCGCGCUCUUUGCUGAGACCGUGGAGCUGAAAGCCUUCCUCGCCAAGAUCCGUGAUGCCAAGGAGAUGCUGCAGAAGCUGAAGGAGGAUGAGGAAGCAGAGGAGCGGCCGGCGGCGGAGCUGGGCAGCCUGCGCAACACCGACUGGGCCCGGCUGUGGGUGCAGCUGAUGCGGGAGCUGCGGCACGGUGUGAAGCUGAAGAAGGUGCAGGAGAAGCAGUUCAACCCCCUGCCCACCGAAUACCAGCUCACCCCCUUCGAGAUGCUCAUGCAGGACAUCCGUGCCCGCAACUACAAACUCCGCAAGGUCAUGGUGGAUGGAGACAUUCCCCCCCGGGUGAAGAAGGACGCCCACGAGCUCAUCCUUGACUUUAUCCGCUCCCGGCCCCCACUGAAGCAGGCAUCGGAGCGGCGCCUGCGGCCCCUGCCCCAGAAGCAGAGGACACUCCACGAGAAGAUCCUAGAGGAGAUCAGGCAGGAGAGGAAGCUUCGGCCUGUGGAGAUGCCGUACCGUGGCCAGAAAGGCUACAGCUCCCUGCCCUGCAUCCCCCACGCCUGCGCGGGCCGCCUGGCCUCCAGCUCCUGCCUCGAGCUCUCCUGCUCCCCAACGACCACCGUGCCAGCGCGCCCGCGGCCUCGUGUCCUCCUCAAGGCACCCACCCUGGCCGAGAUGGAGGAGAUGAACGUCUCUGAGGAGGAGGAUUCUCCGAUCGCGGAGGUGGCGCUGAAACGGGACCGCUCCUUCUCGGAGCACGACCUGGCGCAGCUGCAGAGCCAGCUGGCGGGUGGCCAGCCUGCGCCCCAGGAGCUGGAGCCGCUGCAGCCCGAGCCCCGGCCCCGCUCAGGCUCUGUCCCUGCCAGCUGCCACCCGCGGCCAGACAGCUCAGCACCGCCCCGGCCUGCCCUCGGCGCUGUGGAGGAGAGGCCAGAGGACGGAUCCAGCGCUGCCCCCAGCACCAGCUCCAAGCACCUCUGGCUGGAGUUCAGCCACCCCGUGGAGAGCCUGGCCCUCACUGUGGAGGAGAUGAUCAACGUGCGCAGGGUGCUGGUCAAGGCGGAGAUGGAGAAGUUCCUGCAGAGCAAGGAGCUGUACAGCAGCCUGCGGAAGGGGAAGGUCUGCUGCUGCUGCAGGGCCAAGUUCCCCCUCUUCUCCUGGCCUGCGGCUUGCCUCUUCUGCAAGCGGUCUGUCUGCAGCUCCUGCAGCCUGAAGAUGAAGAUGCCUUCCAAGAAGCUGGCUCACAUCCCUGUCUACGCACUGGGCUUCGAGAGCCUCCCAGGCUCGCUGCUGGCCAAAGCCCUGCCGCUGCGGAGGAGAGAGACCUUCCACUCGCUCCCGGGCACGUGCUGGCGCCAGGUGGAAGAGGAGUUCCCCCACAUCUACGCCCAGGGCUCCGUCCUGCGCGACGUCUGCAGCGACUGCGCCGGCUUCGUCACCGACGUCAUCUGCUCCAGCCGCCGCAGCGUGGCCGUGCUCAACGCCGCGCCGCGCCGCGCCAAGGCCCGCUCCCUCUACGGCGACUCCUGGCACAAGUGAGGGCCCCGGCGCGGGGGGUGCCGGCCACCUCGGCGCAGACCCCGCUAGCGGCCACCCGGAUGUACAUAUAUACAUAGGAUGUAUACAUACAGCCUCUAUAUUUAUAUACCUUACGGACCAGGGGGAGGCGAGGACUGGCAGCAUGGCAGGGCACCUGCCGUCCCUGCUGUCCCCUCCCGUUCCCACCAGGACGCUGGCACGGCCCCUGGGGGUACUGAUCCUGGUGGGGGGCACCCGCAGACGCCAUUUGUCACCCCCCAGCCCUGCUUCUGUGCCAAGCCCUGGCUGUGCCAGGCAGGUGCUGGCCAUGCUGGGGCGCCCAGCGCCAUGGGCUGGCACGGCCGCUCUGUACGUCCGUCCCCCCCCCCCGGCUAAUAAACCCUCUGGGCUGC